CCCGAAUAUUUUGUAAUAAAGAAAACUCCGAGCUGAAGGAAGGAAAUAAGGACAAGAACCGAGCACCUGUAAAAGGAGCGGAAAAUUGCAAGACAAGUGUUGUGCGGAUUUUCACGGAAAACCAGGAAGUGGGCAGAAAAACAGUGAAAGAAAACUGAAUAGCUUGACAGGACUCGCAGCUGGAGAGCUAUUUGAAUCUGAAUCCGGGUUCUUGCAGCUGGCCAUGGCCAUGAAUUUCUACGACGAAGAGAUCACAAUCGGCGGACCCGACUCCAAGCAUCUGAGCAGUGUUCAAAUGGAGCCGCGAAAUGGAGGUCCGAGCGUUGGCAGAGGUGGUGGCCCGGGGGGACGAGAGGUGGGCGGAGAAGGAGCGACAGAAGGAGCCACUGGAGGUGUACAAAGAGCAGCCGCCGGAAGGCAACGUCGAAUGCAAUUCCAAAGUAACUCCACAGAUGACGAUGGCCUGCUGCAGGACAUUAUUGAUCAUGAUGACGAAGCGGAGGACAGCGAUGAUGACGAUGAUAGCGAGAUGCAGUUACCUCAUGGAAUGACCAUGGGUGUGGGAAUGACAGGUCUGGUGCCCGGACCACAUACCCACAAGCGACCCGGAAGCAAUCGAAGUUCCAAGCAGCCGCCAGAUGACAAUAUGAGCUCGGGCAGCGAAGAGGCAGGAAUGGGUUCAGGGGGUGCAAGAGGUGGAACCAAGUUGCCACACCAUAAGUUAACCCUGCCCAUGAGGAGCAGUGCUGGAAGGUCCGAGCGACCGGAAGAACAAUCGUUUAAUUUGAGCCCAGAUAAAUGGGAGGAACUAUCAUUGCCUGGGGAACUCAAGGAAUUAUUCCCAUAUAUCGUGAAAUACACCCCACAAACGAUCGAUACCCCUUUUCAUCUGCAACCGUUUAUUCCGGAGUUUGUGCCCGCUGUGGGUGAUGUGGAUGCCCUUUUAAAAGUUCAAGCUCCUCCACUUUUGCAGCCUCAACGCCAAAAGGAGUUAAAUGAUCACCUCGAGAAAUUGGGUUUAUGGUUGCUCGACGAACCCUCUGGUACCCAAAGUGAGCCCAGUCUCCUGAAUAUGAAACUACGGUCGGUACUAAGUGGAAGCAUGGGCCGUAAUCCCCGCCAUUCCUCCUCCGCUUCUCUUAUUCCCACCGCUCGAUCAGCCAAGGAUAUAGAUAAAUGGAUCUCUGAGGUGGAACAGGUACAUAUGACUCAGUCUAUGUACGAUGCUCAACCCAGAAAGGAUAUUGAUGCGCUCUUGGAGGAUUGGCCACGAUCUUUUGGCGAUGAUGAGACAAAGAAUGUCUUAGAUGAGGCCUACAGAAACUGUCUGCAGCAGAAUAUAUCCCUAGUGGACUACGUGAAAGUUCUUUGUGAGAGAUUUGGAGUGGAUGGUCCUAUGGAGUCACAGGCGGACUACAUUCAUAAUGUCCAGACACUUUUCGCUCUCUAUUUGGCCGCCAGUCAGGCAUGGGAGUAGGCAGCGGAAUAUAAAAAACAAUAUUAUAUGGAAUACUUAUAUGA